AUGACCUCACUGCACACGCUGCCUGCUGACCACGCAAAUGCUCCAGUCACACGGAAACAAACAAGUAAACUAUUGGAUGCAUCCAAUGGUGUCAGCCGAAGCAGCGAGAACAUGAAAAGCAUCUACCGAUCGUUGAUUGUCAUAAGUCUUUCAAUCGUGUUCGGGAACUUCAGUGCCAUGCUUGUUGCAUUGAGCGAUAAUCUUGGUAGUCCAACACUCUCGUCCAUAUUGCUAGCAGGACUCCUCGUGAAUUCUGCGACGGCCAUCAACUUCUUUGCAUACUACUUUUUAAGCACACAGUAUCGUGAGAUAACCACCGAACCACGCGAGUGUACAACUGGUCCAUCGACCAUCGAGCAGUAUCUGAGCCGAAGAGUGGAUAGCGAGCACCAGAAGAGUUUUACCGAAGACAACCAACGAAUUAGAUUCAAGAGGGUAACCUCCGGAAUUAACGCAUCACCGUUCCUUUUGAGUACAGCAAUUCAGUUCCGCUUGAACAACCGCGUAAAAGAUAAGGCGCUGGGGACCGAAAUCGCAUCCAACCUUUGCGUGUAA